GUGAAAUGGCUAUCAAACAGAGUUUGCCAGUUGCCGCACCAAGAGAGUCAAGCUCAAGACGAAGAAGAGAAUUCCCAAGUUUUUCAUCCUCUAUACGGCGUCGUUUCCGAGUUAACUCUCUUCCGACUCAGUUCCGGACCGAGUCACCAUCACCGGCAUCGCCUCCGCGGUUGCGAAUCUGGGUUGCGGCCAAAAUACCAGCUUCCAUAAGGAGUUAGGAGUCGCCUGAAAGUGGAACGUUGCAAACGAUAAAAAUACCAGUGCUUGAAACAAACUAAGAAGAAAACUUAUGAAUUUCUUCUGAGGACUCAGCUAAAAGGCAGAUGGUUAAGGGUAGCUGGUCACUAUUCUAAAGUUGAAAGCAAAUUAGAUUGUCUCAGAAUGGAGACACAGACACCUGAAACAGAAGGUACCAAGGGUGAUGCCUCAAUAAAUCAGUCAGUAAAAGAUGAGUCCAACUCCAAGAUGGAAGGUUUUAGCAGGGAUGAAUUGAAUUGUGUAUUAGUUGAAAAGGAAUUGACUGAAGGACAGGUUGGUGCUGGAAGAGGUUCAUUUGGAAAUGAAGAGAAAUCUGCUCCUGUUGGUGAUGGGCAUUUGACAGUCUUGAAACAAAAGGAGAAAGAACUCAUCGAUGAAGUAACUGUGAGGACUUCAGAAGUGGAGCAUCUUGAACAAGAACUGGAACUGAUGAAGGCAGCAGCUGAAAUGGCAUUUAAUAAUCAACAUUCUGUUGACUUCUACAUUGAGCAGUUGAAUGAGCAAGUACAAGCAAAAACCAAUUACCUUUCGACUUUAGAGUCAGAGUGGGAUACUGUAAGAAAACCCUUGGAAGAGAGAAAGAGAAAUCUUGAAGAGUCUCUAUAUUCAAAUAGUCCAGAUGCACAAGCAAUGCUCCAAAAGUUGAGAGAAGUUCAGCAGGAAGAGCAGUUCAUUUCAUCUGAAAUUCAAAAUAGGGAAGAGGAACAUACAAAACUUCUUGCUGAUUUGGAGAAGCAGCAGAAAGUAGCAUCCAGGAAAUCUUAUACUCACCGGAUAAAGGAGAUUACAAAAAAUAGUCGGAAGCAAGAUGCUGAUAUUGAGCGGAUUUUAAAAGAAACCAGGGAGGUUCAAUUGGAGAGUAAUUCUAUCCAGGAGCGCUUGCAUCGGACAUAUGCUGUUGCAGAUGAAAUUGUCUUCAGGGAAGCAAAGAAAGAUCCAACAGGACUGCAGGUUUAUAGGCUCCUGGUUAGCAUCCAUAAAGGUUUUGAACAAAUAUCUGAGAAAAUCCUGGCAACUGAUAGAAUUAGAAGAGAAGUAGCUGAGUAUGAAAUGAAACUGGCCGCCACAGCUUCCACAAGCUUAGAUGUGAGCAAACUUCAAGCUGAUCUCGAUGUCAUUAUUAGGGAAAAUGAAUACCCUGGAUAGCAUUUUAGUCAAGAAUUUUCAAUGACUCAUUGGAAACUGGCAGCCACAACUCUGGAAGCUUUAGAUGUGAGCAAGCUCAAGUUGAUAUGGAAUUAUGGAUGCUAUUAUUUGGGAAAACGAAUACAUUUCUUCACAGUUACACAGGACAAAAGAAGUUAUUUGAAGCACUCAUUAAAGCAAUUAUUUCUAACAUUCAAUUUUAAACCUUGCCCAUUUUGUGUUUCAAAAGUCUAUAUAGAAACGCAUUUAAGAUUUUGUUUUUCUCUAAUGAUUGAGGGAGUAUUCUUGCUCACUCCUGGAUUUUGUUCACUGUAUUUUCCACAAGGGUUAAUAUAUGCAGGGGACAAUCUAAUUUUCAGCUCAAA